GCGUUUUCCACAAAUUAGAAGGCAAUUGGAUUGGCUUGGAAGUUCGCAGGAGGCCUUUUUCUGCGUGCUCCAGCGAAUGAACUAGAGGGGACCGUCCCGCUCUAUGGAUGCAUAUCAUGCAUGAAGGGUGAGAGCAGAGCGACAGCGCAGGCUGUUUGCCAGUGAGGGGCCUUCCGCCAGUGACCACGAGAACGGCACUCCUCCCCCCAGCGGCGGCGGCACUCCUUCCCCCAGCAGCGAUGUUGCCAACCACCAAGGACUGCCCCCUCCCACUGUGCGUACUCAGUCUCACAUUGAUAUUCCCCUCCCCAAGCGCCUCAAGCGGCCCCUUCAGUCUAAGUUUCAUAGGCUUGGCCCCGCUGACGCCCAAAGCUCGCCGCAGCCAGUCCCGUACAACAUCCGGUGUCCUCAAAGGUUCAUCGGCAAAGCCUUGGGACAGACUGGACAUGUUGUUCUUCCUCGGACUCAUGGAUCAGGUUGAAGAUGUGGGGGAUGACAGGAUUUACGAAUCGACGAUGCCGGGGCCUGAGGGGAGGACCUACGCAGCAAAGCUGCAGCUGCUCAGCGAGAACCCAUUUGAGGAUGAGUACGCCCAGCUGGAACAGUUUAUUGAGCAUGUGAACCCCACGUGCGAUGGGCUGUUUGACAUGAAGAUGACCAUGGUCGUUGGGGAUGUGCCCUGAACCGCAGCUCGAAGUGGAGUGAAAAACACCGCGAUAGGAUCCGCCGCAGACUGUUCAUCUCUAUCCUCCUAGAUCUGAGCACCCGGCAUCUUCGUGCGAACUACUUUUAGCGCUGGAUGUCCGCCCAGUUUUGAAACAGUUUU